AUGAAAAUUUGGUGCCUUCUGUUGCUUGUUUCAGCUAUAAUUGUGUCUGUUUCGACUCAAAUUCCAUCACAACCAAUUGCAACGACAAACAGUGCAUGUCUUAAUGAUUGCUUAAAACAGGGAUCACUUAUUUUUGCAGCUGAUAAUCUUCGUAAUUUCCGAAAAAUUGUGCUACACAUCGAAGAAUUCUGCAAUACUCGUGAACAAUUAUUAAAAUGUAUUCAAUCAUGUACUAAUGAUGAACAAGAAGAAUUAAGAAAGAACACAUCACUUAGUGGAUAUAUAUGUAAGGAUAAAUUAGAAGAAUUUCGAUUGGUAAAGGAAUGUAUGGGAAAUCAAGGUGAUAUUGAUAGUGUCAACAAUUGUUCCAACAAAUGUGGACAUCCUCUAGAUGCUACAAUUCAACUUGAUUCAUCACCAUUUGCACCUGUUAAUCCAUUUGCAAUCACUGAUAGCACUACACAAAUUUGUCGUACGAUUGAAUGUACCAUCAAAUGUUCCAUCGUGGAAUCUAAUAAAAUAUGUGCUGGAAGUGGUUAUUUAUUUAGGGAUAUUGGCUUUAAACAAGUAUUGGAAGCAAGUCAACAAUUGCAAAAUGAUGCAUUAAAUUCAUCAUCAAGUACUCAACAAUUAACAAAGACAUAUUUAGAAUCACUUCCUCAGCAGUGUACAUAUAUUGUUAAUCCUACCAAUUACAACAUGACAUUUGGAGAGCAUGAAACAAACGAUGAAUUCAAGACAUUAAUAUCAGAAACAUCGGAAAAUGAAAAAAAUAUGGAUGAAGAAAGAAUAACUCCUGAAAUGCUUAGUACAAAUAAUGAUGCUAUUAUAACACGAAUAAUUGAUGAACAAUUUACAACUAAAACUAUUGAUGUAUCAAAUGAUGAUGAUACAGCAAAAGAGAAAAUGGAAAAUGAAGAAACAACGAUUGCUAAAAUUGAAAAUGAAUUUGAUAAUAUAAUGGAAUCAACAACAUUGGACAAUGUAGCAUUUACUACAGAAAAUGUUGAUAUUACAUCGCUAAAAUCUGAAAUAACAACAGAAAUUAUGGAACAAGAAGAGGAGGAAGAAAUAGAAAAUAAUGAUAAACAUGAUGAUAAUGAUGAUGAUGAUAAAUUAUCAGCAACAACAAUUUCAACAGAUGAACAAACAAAAAAUAUGGAAGAGGAUGAAACUACUGUAGCAAAUAAUGAGGAAGAGAAUGAAUCAGUCAAAUGGUCAUCAACAAUGGUUACAAUUCAAAAAACGCAUCAAAGCACUUCAACCAUUGCUCAAGAGAUGACAGAACGUACUAUAGUAGUUGUAAAUGAUGAUGAUAAUGAUAAUGAUAAUGAAAUUGAUACUAAUACUAUUGUAAAAGCUGAACAACAAAAGGAUGCAACAAAACAUGGCGUACGUGAAAGGAUUACUCUAUCAUUACUACUGAUACUUCCAUCAAUGUUGUUAUAUCUUUUCAGUCAAUGA